AUGAGCAUUGAUACCUUUAGAAAAACUCGAGUCCAACAGUUGGCAAAAACCAGAGCUCUUCAGCAAAAGAGAAUUUUCACGAACUGGGUCAACGCUCAGCUGGAGUUAGCAGAGCAAGCAUCAUAUGAAGAGCCAUUUAUUAGUGGCUAUUUUAAUAAUGGAUUUAGUGCAGACAGCAUUGAAUCUAAACUUGCAAUUAUUUUUAAAGAAGGACAGUCACUUUAUCGUGUUAGGGAUCUUUACAAUGAUCUCUCUGAUGGACGUGUACUAUUGCGAUUACUGGAAAUUUUCACUGGAAGAAAGAUAAGCAAAUCUCGAGGAACAAUGAGAGUUCAUUGGCUUGAAAAUGUUGGAAAGGCUCUUGAUCAAAUGAAGCAGAUGAACAUACCCCACGAAAACAUCGGCCCGAACGAUAUUGUCGAUGGAAAUUCUCAUCUCAUCCUCGGUCUCAUAUGGAUAUUCAUAUUAAAUUUUCAGUUGGCACGACUGCCUUUCAUUCGUCAACUCGACUCAGAGUCGCCUUUGGAGAUGAAAAACGCACUUCUUCGUUGGUGUCAACUGAAGACUGCCGUCUAUCCACAGUCAAUUAAAAAGACAAAACAAGAUUCAAUGGCUUGUGAGUAUUCUGUUACUCUGGCUAGAUUCAAUAUUGCUCUUAAUAUGAUUUGGUCACAGAAAUGCAUUUCUCGACGCUUUUCUGGAGCAGAGGGCAGCUUUGUUGAGUCCUCUGAGAGUGACUAA